UUACCCGCUCUACUUUCACCUCUAUCCUCCAUUAUAUAAACAAACUCAAUGCACAUCAUAAGUGGAACAACCCACCCAUAGCUACUCUAAGUUAUUCUUACAAAUCCAGUCACAAAAAAAUGAAAGAAAAAGCUAACGGCUGUUUGAAAGUAGGAAAUGUGAAGACAAAUGGAGUGAAUAAUAAAGAAGUUCAUUACAGAGGAGUAAGGAAGAGGCCAUGGGGUCGUUAUGCUGCUGAAAUCCGUGACCCCGGCAAGAAGAGUCGUGUUUGGUUAGGCACCUUUGACAGUGCUGAGGAGGCUGCAAAGGCUUACGAUGCUGCCGCUAUAGAGUUCCGUGGACCCAAAGCCAAGAUAAACUUCCCUCUACCAUCAGAAAAUCAAAGUUCCCGUGAUAGUGGCAGUCCUACAGAGUCGUCUAGUGGAGAAACUGGUGUUCACGCGCCGCUUCAGCUUGAUCUCACGCGCCGCCUUGGCACUGCUGUUGAUGGAGGUAACGAUGGUGGCGGCUCUACUGAAGUUGGGUUUCCGGUUUUCCUUAGUAGCAGUGCUUCAGAGUCUUCUAGUGGGGAAACUGUUGUUCACGCGCUGUCUGAGCUUGAUCUCACGCGCCGCCUUGGCACAGUCGAAAAAGUCGGUAGCAAUGCUGAAGUUGGGUUAGUAAGAAACGGGUUUCCGAUUUUCUAUCAUCAACUAGCUAUGAUGUCAGUUCCACCUAGUAAUAACAGCAGUUCUACUGACUCAGCUAGUGGAGAAACUGGUGUGCACGCGCCACUUGAGCUUGGUCUCACGCGCCACUUUGGGGCUGUCGUUGAAGGUGGCGACUAUGUUAGAAAUGGGUUCCCAGUUUUCCAUCACCAACCGUCUAUGGCGGUUCUGCCAAAUGGACAACCAGUCUUCUUGUUUGAUGGUAAUUUUGUGCGAACAGGAUUAGUGAACCGGCUACAACCACGCCGGUUUGAACCGGUGGUGGCUCAGUUUAAUGGCGUAACUGGUAGAGUACUUCAUAGUGAAUCUGAUUCAUCUUCUAUAGCUAGAAGAGAACUAAAUCUUGAUCUUAACCUUGCUCCCCCUAUGGAAGCUUGACGUUUACUAAUUAGAGAGAGUGAUUAAUGGCUAAUUUUUGUAUAUACGUUGAAGACUUUUUUUUUUUUUUUUGCAGCCUUCUGAUUGAUGUUUCUACCAUUUGUAGUUCAAUUACUCGUCUUUUACAUCCGUUGAUUAAUGAAAGUUUCGGAUUUUACUUCUUUCAAAGAAA